CCCUCCUCUUCCUCUUCGCCUCUCCCCCUCUCUCCUCCCAUUUUCUGGGCUUCAGCCUUUACUCAGUAACUUCUGAAAUGAUAUCUACAAGUCUGGUUUCUAGUUUGUUGCAAGUUUUCAGGGCCCACUUUCAAACGUGUUCUUUUCCUUGAUACCAUCCAAGCACACACGUGACAAAGCGAGCUAGCAGCUGCCGCGUUAGGAAGUCGGUGCUGUCUCCGUGGAUUCACUCCACCGGCUCGGGCAAGUGUUAGCCGGAAGGCGAGGGUCCUGGCCGGUUUCGUUUCUUCUUGUAGGUCCCCCUGGCCCAGUCCGAGGCGUUCCUCAUCGACCUUUUGGAUAAAGUGUGUGAGCGAAUGAACGAUUACCAGCUGGAGGACGACCCAGUGACUAAGCAGAAGCACUUCAGGAGAUACGCUCCGAGAAAGGGGGACAAAAUGUACUCAGAAUACAAAAAGUUCUUCUUUUACUCUGAUGCCUACAGACCCUUGAAAUUCGCGUGUGAAGCCAUAAUCGAAGAGUAUGAGGAUGAAAUAUUCUUACUUAUCACGCAGGAGGCACAGCAUCUAGCUGACGUGCUGUGCAGCGAGAAAUCAGAUCUGUGUGGUGCACCUAUCAUCAAUCGCACCAAACCCUAGGCCUGAUGUGGGACUGUGGUAGAGCGGCACCGAGCCACAGCCCCGGAGGUCGCUGUCUGCCUCCACACCAUGUGCCUGCCGUGAUAAGGGAUUUUGUCUCGUGUCUGUAUCUGACUUGUCUCAUGUGUGAUAUUGGUUUGAAAAUCUCUUGUUUGGCAUCUUGACAGAGCCCAACUGUCCCCGUAGGUGAAGAGAAGGCGUUUUUAAAACUGAGCUCUGCUUUGCCUAUUUGGGUAGAAACUGGAUUGGCAAUAGAGCAGCAUUAAAUUUAGCCGUGGGAAAAAGUGUAGCCUUUCCCUAAAGUCAGUGGGGAUUUAACGGUGGAUACGGGCUGUGUUUCCCAGCAGAUGUAUCUGGCAUGCACAGCACCGUGUGCUGUUUAGUAAGAGCUUGGUUUGAUUUCUCAAGUACUUGAUUGGCCGCAGAUUUAAGGCAUUCAAUCGCAUUGAAUCCCGCAUUGGGUCUUCUACAGGGCCCUGGGUGGUGCUGUUAAAGCCAACCCUCUUUAUCAAGAGUGAAACUGAUACUUCCAGAAACUCUUAAGUUUUAAAAUUUCAUCCCCAAGAUUUGUUAGAACAGAUUUUUAAAAAAUGAGCACUUUUCACAGUGAACAUUCAUCACAUCAAUCUUUUCUAAACACUCUGAGUUCGGAUGAUUCGAAGUUAGUGUCUGGCUGCAGUGUGUUUUAAAAGACGGCACUGAACACCUUUUUGCCUUUCAGGAAUCUCUCCUUGGGUUUUUGUUUUUUCCUAAAAAUCCACAGAUAGUAGUUAGUGUGUAGAUUUUGCUAUGUUCUUCUGUCAGUCUUUAGCAAGAUUUGUAUUCUUUGCGAUGUGGAGGUGGAAGGGGACCUAGGAUGUGGAGGGAAACUCAACUUUGCUACACUUAGUAUAACACAAAAUGUGGGAACAGGACAAUGUCAUUGUCUGUUAAAUGUGUCUUCCAUGGAAUCUGACUCUUAAUUAUUAGGCACAUUGGGGAACACCUGUUUUAAUAAUAAUUAAUAAUAAUUUAAAAGAAAACCCUCAUCAUUGUUAGUGGGUAACAUGAAGGAAAUUUUGCAUUAAAAGAGCCAAGAAAGCCUGAUGCUCACAUAAUCAUCCAGAAACAACACAAUUUACAUCAUUCACUGGACUCCUUGACCACCACCGUGCCCAGCUUACUUUCCAACUUUUAUGAAAUGGUUGGUUUGGGUCUCAGGAAGAUUUGCCUGAGUCACUGUUCUCAUAACCCCAAAACCAAACUGGCCAAGACAAGCCCUCUAUCUUUGUUAAGACCAAGCCAAGAAAGGGGACCCAUUUCACUGGAGUGUGCAGAGUGGAAAUGAUCCAAAGUCCCAACAGGAAAGAUCAAUACUGACUAAAACAAGCCCUAAAAAAAUAGUCAAUGCAAUAGGUCAGAUGUCUGUCUGUCAGUUCACAUAGGGGCUCAGUAGCAAAUGCAUAAAUGUACGUGACCAAAAAAGUUUAUGUAUCACUUAAAAUUCAGAUUGUGGUGGGAUUGGGAAAAGCCGUUUUUUCUGUACGCUUUUGUGCUCUGCUUUUAAAAUGCAAACUUGUGAGCGAAUCCUAGACUUAGACAUGUUAAAGGCCAGUCAGUAGCAUGUGGCAGUUUGGUACUGAGAUGCAGUGAACAUGAAUGUUAAGUCAUUGCAAUAAAAAUAUACCUGU